AGGCCCGCGCAUGCGCACACAGCUGACAGCAGCCUGUGGACGUUUUGACACUACACAGCUGUGGAGAGGUUGAUCACUUUAUGCUCAGCCUGCUGCCAAGAUUCCUUUUAACUUUUAACACUGGUUUUACUUAGGUUAGACAAAGAAAAGGAAAGAAAACCACAGUAUUUUGAUAAAAACAGGAGAUGUGUGCUGCUGUGUAUAUGCUGUCAACGGUAGCGGGCUACGUGUUCGCCUCCGCCCUGCUGCUCAAAUGCCCAAAUAUUUUGCACCGGAAGAAACGAGAGACUUUUCGCAGCAGGCACAUUUCCCAUCGCGGAGGAGCCGGUGAAAACCUGGAAAACACCAUGGCAGCUUUCAAGCACGCCGUGGAGCUCGGCACAGACAUGCUGGAGCUGGACUGCCACCUGACGAAAGAUGAAGAGGUGGUGGUGUCACAUGAUGCCAGCUUGCAGAGGGCCUCCGGCAUCAACGACCACAUCUCCAACGUGUGCUACGCUGAGCUCCCUCCAUACCUCCGCAAGCUGGGUGUAACCUUUCAGAGAGAGUGCUUCUGUGAAGGCGGGGAGGACAAACGCAUCCCUCUCCUCAGGGAGGUUUUUGAUGCAUUUCCCAAUACGCCCGUCAACAUUGACAUCAAGGCCAACAAUGACACACUCAUCAAGAAGGUCUCUGAGCUGGUUGUAAAGUACGACAGAGAGCACCUGACCGUCUGGGGCAACGCCAGCAACAAGAUUGUAAAGAAGUGUUACAAAGAGAACCCGCAUAUUCCCGUGUUGUUCAGCCUUCCCAGAGUACUGCAGCUGUUGGGCCUCUUCUACACAGGCCUUCUGCCUUUCGUUCCCCUCAGGGAGCAGUUUCUGGAGAUUCCCAUGCCCUCUAUUAUGACCAAACUGAAGGAUCCCAACAGGUUAACGAGGAGUCAGCGAAUCAUCACCUGGCUGGCUGACACUUUGCUGAUGAGGAAAGCUCUAUUCAAUCAUUUAACUGCACGGGGGAUACAGGUGUACAUCUGGGUACUGAACGAUGAGGAGGACUUCCAGAGGGCGUUCGACUUGGGAGCCACGGGAGUCAUGACCGAUUUCCCCACCAGGCUUAAAAACUUCUUGGACAGGAAUGACGUUUCUAAGAGCCAGUGACCUGCCGAAGUCCACCUCGGCCUGCGAUCUGACUGAGCUGCCAAACCGCACCGACGCUUUAUCAACGCUGGCAAAUUUUAAAAGCAGCACCUUAGAGAAUAUCUAUUCAACGCUACAAAAUGGAAAAUAUCACCCUUGAAUUUCAUUAUAGGUUCCUUUUUUUCUUUUUUUUUAAAAAAGUUUUAUGGAUUUUUAAAACUGCAUUUUGUUUAAGUAUAGAGCAACGUGAAACACACCAGCUGAUGCAGUUUGAUGUUAAUUUUUAUUU